AUGAGUAUCAUGGACUACAAUGGUGGCGCCUUAAUUGGCAUGAAAGGCAAGGAUUGUGUUGCCAUUGCAACUGAUAAGCGAUUUGGUAUACAAGCCCAAACAGUAUCUCUUGAUUUCACAAAAGUUUUUCAAAUAAAUCCUCAUACAUAUAUGGGAUUUCCUGGUUUAGCUACAGAUAUAUUUACCGUGUACGAAAAAAUUAUGUUCCGGAAAAGGUUAUACGAGUUAAAAGAGAAUCGGAAAAUAUCUCCUAAAGCUUUAGCUUCUCUGGUCUCCAAUUUGUUGUAUGAAAACAGAUUUUCACCAUUCUUUGUCGAACCAAUGAUUGUUGCUUUGGAUGAAGUGACAUUGGAACCAUAUAUGUGCGACAUGGAUUUGAUUGGUUGUGUGAAUAAGUCCGAUAACUUUGUGGUGGGAGGUACUAGUUCGAGUCAAUUAUAUGGUCUUUGUGAAGCUCUUUGGGAGCCUGAUAUGGAAGAGGAUCAGUUAUUUGAAACAAUAUCGCAAGCGCUUGUUAGUGCGUGCAAUCGUGACGCUAUUUCCGGUUGGGGUGCAAAGGUUUAUAUUAUUAAAAAAGACAAGAUAAUUGUGCGUGAUAUCAAGACACGAAUGGAUUAA